AUGACUUGGUUAAAUGAUUGGCUAAAAGAACAAAUUCCUUCUUAUAAAUAUGCUUUAAAACAUGCUGAUCCAAGAACAAAAGAAUGGUUUUUAUUAUGGUCAGAUCCAAUUCCAGCAUUGACAUUGGCAUUUAUCUAUUUGAUAAUUGUUACAUUAGGUCCACGUUAUAUGCGACAUCGAGAAGCAUUCCAUAUACCAUCAUGGAUACUUUUUACUUAUAAUAUGUCACUUGUCGCUUUAUCAAUUUAUAUGGUUGAAGAAAUUAUUGUUGGGAUUUAUCGUAGUAACUAUAAUAUCCUUUGUCAACCAUUAAUUGUAUCGAAGGACAAAAAUGAAAUGAAAGUAACCAAUGUAUUAUGGUUUUAUUUUUUUUCAAAAGCAAUUGAAUUUAUGGAUACAGUAUUUAUGGUUGUUCGAAAACGUUCUACACAAAUAACAUUUCUUCAUGUAUUUCAUCAUUCAACAAUGCUUAUUAUUUGGUGGAUUGUUAUGACAUGGAUACCUGGUGGUCAAGCAUGGUUUGGUCCAGUUUUAAAUUCAGCAGUACAUGUUUUUAUGUAUGCAUAUUAUGGAUUAUCGGUUAUUCCAUCAUUACGUAAUAAACUUUGGUGGAAACGAUAUAUCACACUGUUCCAACUUAUUCAAUUUGUUCUUAUUUUCAUUCAUACAUUUCAUGCAAUUUUAACUGGUUGUAAUUAUCCACUUUGGGGACUAUGGAUGUUAGGUGGUUAUAUGGUAAUUAUGUUGAUACUUUUCACAAAUUUUUAUGUUCAUGAAUACAUAACUCGAAGUAAUGAUACUAAACGCCGUAAACAACAAGUAGAAAACAAACAUAAAGAAUCGAAUGAUGAAUUAUCAACAACCAAACGAUCUCGACAAAAUGGCAUAGCUAAAAAGCAUGACUAA